CAAGGCAUAUAUAUGAAUUAAAGUUGAUGGAUGAAAAUGCCCGUGCGAUUAUAUAUUUUAUAUGUUGGCGAUUAUCAACUUUGAAUGAGAAACAAUUUUUGCGAAGUGGAGCAGUGGAAGCAACCUUUCAAGCCAUCAAGAAUGGCACCCCUGAGAUUGCAAUUGAAAUUGCAAAAGUUAAUACAAAUAUAUUAUGGAACUGUACUGAUCCUGAAGAUUCAAGGAACAUGUUUGCAUGUGCUGUAGCACAUCGUCAAGAGGAAGUGGCACAAUUUCUUUAUGGAUUUAAUGCGAGAAUUGGUACAAAUAUGGUUUUUACCACCGAUAAAGAUGGAAACAAUUUAUUACAUUUAGCAGCAAAGUUAGCUCCUCGUUCUUACCUUGAUUGCAUCCCAGGUGCAGCUUUGCAGUUGCAAAGUGAACUACGCUGGUUUAAGGCAGUGGAAGGCAUUGUUCCACAGUUCAACAACUAUGAUAAAAAUAAUGGUGGUAAAACUCCUUCCCAAAUGUUUGUUAAGGAACACAAGCAGUUGCUAAAAGAAGCGGAAGAAUGGUUGAAGAAAACAGCAGAAUCUUCUACAGUCGUAGGUGCCCUAAUCAUUACUAUUAUGUUUGCUGUGGCUUUCACUGUUCCUGGUGGGAAUAAUCAAAAUACAGGCUUCCCUAUAUUUUUGGACCCUAUAUCUUUGAACAAAACAACAGACUCUUCUACAGUACCUUCUCCAACCGUGCCGUUCAUGGUAUUCGUGGUAUCAGAUGCAAUUUCUCUUUUUGCUGCAUCUAGUUCGGUGCUGAUGUUUUUGGGGAUUCUUACUUCACGUUAUGCUUAUAAAGAUUUCCUUAAAUCCUUACCCGUGAAGUUGAUUAUUGGCAUUUCUUCACUCUUCAUCUCUAUUGCAGCAAUGAUGGUCGCAUUUUGUGUUGCUCUUUUCAUUAUGCUACAAGGUCGCUUGUGGAUAAUCAUACCAGUGACUUUGCUUGCUGGUAUUCCGGUCAUUAUCUUUGUACUGUUACUGUUUCCUUUUCUUGUUGAGCUUUAUACUUCGACUUUUAGACCAGGCAUCUUUGAUAACAAAAAGAACAUCAACAAACGAAAAGGAAGAGAUGGAUAGAAUUUCUGUUAUUUUAUGUUAGUAUAUUUGGUGAAUGUGUAUUAUUUGAGGAUUUUAUAUACUUUUAUAAGUGCCAAACUCUUUCGGGAAGGGUACUUGACAACCCACGUCCAUUAUGUUCAGAUUCAUCCUGGUUCACCAAAGGCACACUACCGAGUCAUUUCAAUGGUUCUUUAUGUUGCAUCAAAGGGUUAGUAGUAUACACCAAAGGAUGGUUAAUCAAACAACAUGGGCAUGGAAGAGAUCAAUUCUUCAAUGGCAUGAACACUCAAAUGGGGCAGGAACAGGCUGGAUUUUGCAAAACAAACCUUCAUUGAUUCCUGCAAAUGAUUUGUGUUAGUGUUUCAAAGUGUUUGCUUUAGAUAUCCAAGUAUAAUAUCUAAAAUAUUGUCUGAAUAACGUAUUUUUAAAUCA